UCACGGUUGAACACGCUGACUUCAGACUUGUGUAACCGCAAUCACGGUGGAAACAGGGUCGGGCAAAGUUUCGCCACGUUCAUUCCUGUGUGAAUAGUGCGAUUCGUUACGGGUUCGGUUGAUUCCCAGCUUCAGGCCGAGUGAUCGAGGGACAUUGUCAGCGUGCGUCAGCCGGCCUAACUCUCGAGGACUACGGUGGAAAUUUGAGCAACGAGGUGAAGAUGGGUAACGUUCUCGCAGCAUCAGCGCCGCCCCCGCCCCCGUCACCGCUCUCGAGUCCGCUGCCGGGUUUUGCAAAGCAGGACCCGGUGACCGGGACUUACUCCGCGGUUUCCCCGGCCUCCGAGUCCGAGGAAAAAUUGGAGAACCCCGGAACCAUCGAAGACCUCCACAAGACGUGCAAAGAUAUCUUCCCGGUAAACUUUGAGGGCGCCAAGCUGAUGGUCAACAAAGGCCUGAGCAAUCAUUUCCAUGUCUCACACACAAUCAAUAUGAGCUCGGGUCCACAGUCCGGAUACAGAUUUGGGGCAACAUAUGUCGGGACUAAACAGAUUUCUCCCACAGAGGCGUACCCCGUUCUGCUGGGGGACAUUGACCCAAGUGGCAAUCUAAACUCAAACGUAAUUCACCAGUUUAGUCAGAGAAUAAGAGGCAAACUGGCAACGCAGGUACAGCAGAACAAAUUCACAGCAGCACAGAUGACAUCUGAUUACCGAGGCGAUACAUAUACUGUUUCGUUAACCCUUGGUAACCCGGACAUUAUCUCUGGAGCUGGUGUCCUCGUAACGCAUUACCUGCAAAGCAUCACGCCGUCGUUAGCAUUGGGUGGUGAACUUGCUUACCAGCGAGGUCCUGGAAUCCCUGGCGGACACAUAGCGGUUCUUUCUGCUGCUGGAAGGUACACAAAUGGCGAAUCCACGAUCAGCGGUAGUCUUGGUUUAGCAGGGUGUCACCUAUGUUUCCAUCAAAAAGCUAGUCAACAGCUGCAAGUUGGGGUUGAACUGGAGGUAAAUUCGAGAAUGCAGGAGUCCAUAGCCACUAUUGCUUACCAAAUUGACCUGCCCAAAGCAGAUCUAGUCUUCAGAGGAAGCGUCGAUUCGAAUUGGACGGUGGGUGCGGUACUGGAGAAGAAAUUGCAGCCAUUACCAUUCUCGUUUGCGUUGAGCGGGAUGCUCAAUCACAAUAAGCACCAAUUCAGACUGGGAUGUGGUCUGAUUAUUGGUUAAGAGUAAUUAUUGGCCAAUAACUUGUUUACCUUGAUGAUUAGCCCAAUUUAAGCAUAUACACAAACACACAGACACAGGCGCGCAGUCAACGAUGAAUUGUGCAGAAAGGAAUUUGACCGACGAACCAGUUAACUCUGCUCCCCAUCCGACAUGACACCCGAAACACAUACACGACACACCCAUGUAACUAACAGUGGCCAUAUCAUUUUUAUUUUCGCCAGCUGCAUUCGUCAUCUUACAAUUAUUACCUGUUGUGAAUACAUCCAUGUGACUCGACCGUGUUGAUACUUAUUAAAGAAUUAUACGAGGA